GCUGUUCUGGCAGCCAGGUGGUGUCUGCCCUCCAGGUGCACACGCUGCUACUGGCCAUGGGCAGGCAGGGCCCUGCUGCCAGCCUGGGCAUCUCCGGGGACAGCCAGGUGUAGGGGUCCCGGCCAUGCCUGGGCCAUGUGAAGGUCCAACGAUGGGUGGCCGGCUGGGUUUGUUGCUGGGUUGAGUGAAGCAGAAUGGGCUGGAGCACCUGUGUCACUGGGAGUGGUGGAAGGAUGGUGCCAUGUGUGGCCUUGGACAGGACAUGCCGCCGGGGAAAGCAUGUCCCUGUGCCCUAGGGCAGAGUCCAGCCCUCACCCGCCUCUGGGGUGGCAGAGCUGGGCACCAGCUUGUGUCACACCACAUAUUCUCUGCACUGGGGUGGGCAUGUGGUGGGGUCCUGGGAGGGGUGAGCACCAGGGUGGGCACUCACCGUGUCUCUCCAGAGCUAUUUGAGAGCCCAUUGCUGGAGUCAGAAGAAGAACAUCUCCUGCUGGACCCGGGCAAUGUGCUGAAGCUGUACUGUGAUGCCAACCAGAGCGGUGCCAGUGUGGUCUGGUACAAGGAGUCUCGGCCUCUUGUCUCGGGAGGUCGCAUCCAUGUCCAGCAGAGUCUGCUGGAGAUCUCGGAGGUUGCCUAUGAGGACUCAGGGCUCUACGUGUGCCAGGCACGGGGGACUGGGGAGAUCCUGCGCAAUUUCACCAUCUCCAUAGUGGACUCCCUGGCAUCAGGUGAUGAUGAUGAAGAUAGUGAUGGCGACAGUCCCCACGGAGACCGAAAUGAGGAGCCCAUCUAUGUGCCCAGAGCUCCUUACUGGACUCACCCACACCGGAUGGACAAGAAGCUGUAUGCAGUCCCCGCGGGGAACACAGUGAAGUUCCGCUGCCCGGCCUCGGGCACCCCCAGCCCCAGCAUCCGCUGGUUCAAGAAUGGGCGCGAGUUCCGGGGGGAGCACCGCAUCGGGGGCAUCCGGCUCCGGCAUCAGCACUGGAGCCUGGUGAUGGAGAGUGUGGUGCCCUCUGACCGUGGCAACUACACUUGCCUGGUGGAAAACAGGUUUGGCAGCAUCCGCUACAGCUACCUCCUGGACGUGCUGGAGAGGUCCCCACACAGGCCCAUCUUGCAGGCCGGGCUGCCCGCCAACACCACGGCCCUUGUGGGCAGUGAUGUGGAGUUCUUCUGCAAGGUCUACAGCGAUGCCCAGCCCCACAUCCAGUGGCUGAAGCACAUUGAGGUGAACGGCAGCAACUACGGUCCUGACGGGGUCCCCUACGUGCAAGUGCUCAAGACUGCAGACAUCAACAGCUCUGAGGUGGAGGUGCUGUACCUGCGCAAUGUCUCCGUGGAGGAUGCUGGCGAGUACACCUGCCUGGCAGGGAACUCCAUCGGCCUCUCCUACCAGUCUGCUUGGCUCACCGUCCUGCCAGAGGAGGAGCUAGUGCGGGAAGCUGAAGCCCCUGAGGCCAAGUACACAGACAUCAUCAUCUACACCUCGGGCUCUCUAGCCGUGGCCAUGGCCAUCAUCAUCAUGGUGCUGUGCCGGAUGCAGACUCAGUCGAGCAAGCAGCACCUGGAGCCCAUGGCGGUCCACAAGCUCUCCAAAUUCCCACUCAUCCGACAGUUCUCCCUGGACUCCAGCUCCUCCGGGAAGUCCAGCACAUCCCUGAUGCGCGUCACCCGUCUCUCCUCCAGCUGUGCCCCAAUGCUGGCUGGUGUCAUGGAGCUGGACCUGCCCCUUGAUGCCAAGUGGGAGUUCCCCCGAGACAAGCUGGUGCUGGGGAAGCCCCUGGGGGAAGGCUGCUUUGGCCAGGUGGUGCGGGCAGAGGCUUACGGGAUCGACAGAGACCGGCCAGACAGAGCCGUCACCGUGGCUGUCAAAAUGCUGAAAGACAAUGCCACUGACAAGGACCUGGCUGACCUCAUAUCUGAGAUGGAGAUGAUGAAGCUCAUGGACAAGCACAAGAACAUCAUCAAUCUCCUGGGAGUCUGCACACAGGAUGGGCCGCUGUACGUGAUUGUGGAGUUUGCUGCGAAGGGCAACCUGCGCGAGUACCUCCGUGCCCGCCGCCCCCCGACACCCGACUAUGCUUUCGACGUCACGGCAAUGCCUGAGGAGCAGCUCUCCUUCAAGGACCUGGUCUCCUGCGUCUACCAGGUGGCCCGUGGCAUGGAGUACCUGGAGUCGAAGCGGUGCAUCCACCGUGACCUGGCCGCCCGCAAUGUGCUGGUGACAGCAGAGAACGUGAUGAAGAUCGCUGACUUUGGCUUGGCCAGAGACGUCCAUGACAUCGACUACUACAAGAAAACCAGCAAUGGUCGCCUGCCAGUGAAGUGGAUGGCACCAGAGGCCCUGUUCGACCGUGUCUACACCCACCAGAGCGAUGUGUGGUCCUUCGGGAUCCUGAUGUGGGAGAUCUUCACACUGGGGGGCUCCCCGUACCCCGGCAUCCCUGUGGAGGAGCUCUUCAAGCUGCUGAAGGAGGGUCACCGCAUGGACCGGCCAUCUAACUGCACCCAUGAGCUGUAUAUGCUGAUGCGGGAGUGCUGGCACGCCGUGCCCUCGCAGCGCCCCACCUUCAAGCAGCUUGUGGAGGGGCUGGACAAGAUACUGGCAGCCGUUUCAGAGGAGUACCUGGACCUCUCCAUGCCCUUCGAGCAGUACUCACCCUCCUGUGAGGACACGGCCAGCUCCUGCUCCUCCGACGACUCCGUCUUCACCCAUGACCCUCUGCCACUGGCUCCCCGCCUCUUCUCCUACCCCAGUGUGAGGACUUAAGGGCGGGCAGGGAAGGGUGAUGCCAAGGCUGCCUCUGCCCUUGUGGGGAGCAGGUCUGGGUUUCUGGCUCUGAAAGCUGCCAGGCUUCCCAGGAGGUUCCCUGCUUUGUUUGGGGUGAGCAGUGGGCAGGCAGGGCCCUGAGCUGCAAUGCUGGGGCAGGGUUUCCCUCUCUCCUGGCUCCGUUUGGGCACUGAGCCAUCAGUCCUGGCUGAGACCUGCCUGGCAUUGUUUGGCAGAGGGAGUUAGAUCCUGUCCAGGCAGGAACAGUGUGGGAUGCCCAUGGCAUCGCCCAGGGAGAUGGGCUUUGGCCAGCACUUCGGUGGAAGUGUCUCUGGGUGGGAGCCCCACUGCUGCCGGCCUCCUGCUGCAUCUGUACAUAGCCACAGAGAUGAAUAUUUAUGUACGUGAAAUAUCAACCUGAUAAAUUAUUUUUUUGGAAUAGAC